GACGCUUCCUUGACAGCAGCGUUGCUUCCCCUUUGUCAGCGGACUGGCUUCCGUUCUAAUGUUUGCUCCAGGUUUCUGGAAUGUACUGUGCAGAGACUCUCAUCCAUAAGUUCUUGUGAUUUGCUGUAGUUUCAGCUGUCUGGUUUUUGCCAGAGAUCUAGUGGAAGAUCCUGUUUUCCGUUGUGACUUGAGCGUGAGUCGGUUUCUGUAAAUUAACGAGUUUUUACCUUGGCCGCUGGCUUGGUUCAGCCAGCUGAGUUAAAUCACCUAGCAUGUUUCGCUUCUUAAAUGACGGGGAUGACGAGCUCUUCAUGAUGGAUCCCUUUGCAGCUCACAGGCAGCAGCUGAGUAUGAUGACCCCAUUUGCCAUGGACCCGUUUGCUCUGGUUCCCCAGAUGCACCCACACCGUGUGGCACGCAGACAGGCUGGCCCUCUGGCUCCCUUUGGCAUGAUGGGAAUGGGAGGAGGAUUCAUGGAUAUGUUUGGCAUGAUGGGAGAAAUGAUGGGAAACAUGGAAAGGAUGUCUGGCUCACCAAACUGCCAGACAUUUUCCUCUUCGACAGUGAUUUCUUAUUCGUCUUUAGACGCAGGAGCUCCUAAAGUUUAUCAGCAAACCAGUGAAACCAGAACUGGCCCUGGAGGGAUCCGUGAAACCAUGCAGUCAGUGAGGGACAGUGAGAGCGGCCUCGAGCGCCUCGCCAUCGGUCACCACAUUGGGGAACGUGCACACAUAGUAGAGCGUUCGCGAAAUCGCCGCACUGGAGACCGCGAGGAACGGCAAGACUUUAUUAACCUUGAUGAGAGUGAGGCUGAAGCUUUUGAUGUGGAAUGGAGGAGGGGGACAGGACGAUACGCCUCUCCAGGUGCACGUGCAAUUGACUAUGGUCAAGAUCGGCGUGCAGGAGGACAGCAGCUGGCUCUUACUGCGCCUCCCAGUUCAACGUCCCCCCCAGGUCAUCGACAUGAGUCCCCCAGACACCGCCAGCCCCAAACCCGACCCCGCUAUGACUGGUGAGAUGAUGCCAAACUGGACAAGGUGAGCAGAUGGAGGAGUCACAAAAAUGGAUCCCCCCAUCCCCAAUGCUGUGAACCAUUCUGAAGAUGGAAUUGCCAUCUGCCCCUUCUAUUGUUUGAUAUGACUGGACUGUCGAAAAUAUAAUUCACUCACUCACACAACCAAACACACACUUCACAGCUACAUUUCAACCUCUUUGCUGUUUUUACACAAAGAGGGAACUAUAUAUACAUGCAUUCAAAUUUGACUUGUUUUUUUUUUUCUUUUUGCCUGCUGCACUUCAACGUUGCAGUAUACAGUACCUUCUACUGUACAGUCUGUUUAAUGUCUGUGAGGACACUAGUGUGUCGGUGAAUUGAAUUGUAUACUGUUAAACUAAUUGAUCUAUCUAAAUAAAAGUUCAUUAAACAUUGUUAGAUAAUUAUAAA